AUGACGCCGCAAGGUGGCCAGCAAGAUUCGGUCGGCGGUUUUAUGUCAGGCGCGCGCGUCGCUGCCUCGAACUCGACCCUCAACGCCUGGAUGGGCCGUCGACAAAAAUCGUGGAUGACUUCACAAACAACAACGGGCGCUUCACCGUCAACCUCGACCUACCAGCAUGAGAAGUCCGGUCGCUUGGGAAGACCACCCUCUCGGUCCCAGCAUCCUCCACCACAAGAUACCACGAACCCGACCCCCUCGACUCACGACGACGUCUCGCCGCAAACCGCUAGACCCCCUAAUACCACACAACCCGAUCCUGAGUUCUUGCCUACCUCCGAGCUCGGCAAACAGACACUUGAUAGUACGGCCGCUCUCCCCUCUCCAGCCCCGACUGAUCAACCUAGUCCGCCGACUCCAGUGUCGAACCAGCUUCAGCAGCAGACUCGAGAUCAGGACCGUCAAAGCCCCGGUUUUGUUCUUAGGCCAAGCAACAUCGCGGCUGGCGUUGCCGAAUUCUUUGCGCAACAAGCUGCUGCCAAUCGUCCCCCGGAGAUCCUAGGCGGAGGAGGAGCGCCCUCUGGACAAGAGGCGUCGAAUACGGACGACUAUUCAGGAUCGAUGUUCGCACUCAAUGAGAGUGAUGUCAGAGAUGUCGAGGUUGCUCUUAGCGGUGCUUCACCAUCGCUGCAAAACCGAUCUGCAACCCAAAUACCCGCUCUCCAGAGCCCUGGAAUGCAAGAAAGAAGGCCAAGCGCGGCAUCAAUGCCAGAACCGCAACCUUCGAAUCCCGCCGUGCAGAAUAGUUCCCCGGCUUCAAGUGUUAUUCAACAACCAGUUCCACAGCAAGUUGUUUCUCAGCAUGCUGUCUCUCAGCAAGCCGCCCCUCCGCUUCCGCCCGCAGCGCAGAACAUCAACCAAGCUGGAAUCGCAAACUGUUUACGCCCUGAUGUGAUGUCUCUUCAGCUCGAGAAGAUUGUCCAAACAUGUGUUGGCCAAGCGAAUUCAACUCCUGAUAACACAACAGGGCCUAGACUCAAGCUCCUCAAAGACGCUAUUGAAGUGGGCGAUUACUUCUACAUUGCGUUGCAUCAGCUUCUUUGUUCUUGGUCUUUCAGCAGGGAAUGGGUAAUUCACACUCUUCAGAUAGACCCCCCAGUGGCAGAUGGCGGCAUGAAGGUUGUGCAGAACACUCUCAGAAGAAACGACAACAUGGCAAAGGAAUUUGUCUUCUUGUUCGCCAACUUCCCUGGGUCACCCAGGUCAGGCUUGUGGAAUCUGCCCUUCUAUCGACAGCACAUCGACAACGUUGGUGUGUUUCUCCGCUGUCUCCACAGCCAGUGGAAUCGGGUCUUGAUCCCGACUAUGAAACCUGACGACGGCAGAGGCUAUCCUGUUCUCGCGACUGAGCUGCACUAUCAACUGAGGCUUCGGUCUCCUGUGCUCGAGCCUGUGAUCUUCACCGUCACACGGAGGCACAUGGGUAUUGCGGAUGGUCCUGUUGCAGACAAGAUGCAACAGCUGUUCCAAACGGACCUGAAGACCGACUAUUCUAGGAUGUCAGAGUCGGAUCAGAGCAACCUGAGAGACACGUUGAUCAAGCGCUACAAACAACUUGUGCGCGAGUACCGGCAGUCUCAAUCUUCUCCCCAAGCACCAUCCUUCAUGUCUUCAGCACAGUCGAUGCCAGCACUAACGGCGCCGACCCCGAUGCCUUCUAAUGUGGCAAUGACGCCGGCCAUGGUCAGACAACAGCAGAUGAUGAACAACGCAAGACGUCUUUCAGCUGGUUAUCCCGGCACCCAGCUCGCUGCCCCAAAUCUGAAUGCUCCUGAAGGGUUCGAUAUGUACCCAUCCCCUGCAGCCCCGGGUAACUUCUCUCCUAUUCCGCCGCAAUACACCCUUCACAACCAAGGUCGAGUGGCCCAGGUUCGUGGAUUGCAGAUGCCCAUGCCACAAAACAUUGCGCGAGCGCCAUCAACAGGGUCUCAGCUCAGCCAGCCCCUGACUCCGGCAGGCUCUCCUCUUCAUGCCAAUACGCAAUUGCCGAACACGGGGAGGGUAGUGCAGACCCGAGGACAGACGUCGCCAGUUCUGCAAGCACCUCCUAGCGGGCUUUCUGUGUCGAUGCCGACCGUGUCUUCUCCCACGCAGAUGACAUCUGGUCCCCAUAGCCCAGCAGUGAACACACAUUCUGGGUUCUUACCUCCCAAUGGCUAUCAAGGGCCGCGGGUGCCAUAUCAACAAACGAUGCAACAGCAGAUGCAAGCACAACAGUUGCAAGCCCAGCAGAUGCAAGCACAGCAGAUGCAAGCCCAACAGCUGCAAGCACAGCAGAUGCGGCAGGCGAAUCGUUUCAACUAUCAAGUCCCCAGCCAAGUCAUGGGGUCAGCAUCGCCACCGAACAUGGCCAUGCCUCAGUUUCAUCAGAUACCACAGCCAUGGCCCCCUCAAGGUGCUACCCAACAACUUUCAACAAGGCCGCUUCAGGGUGCUACUCAUCAAAUAACACCAAGGCAGGUACACAGUGAAUCUACAGGUCUGCCGAGUCCAAUACCUUCAAGUAUUCGGGGGAGGGCACCAGCGCCGCGGCCCAAAGGCGCCAUCUUUCGACCGCCUCAUCAACAUGUUCCUCUGGAUCAGAUACCGCAUACUCCGCACGAACCGAAGGCUUUGGCCAAUUCUCUACACCAGGUCGACGUCCGAAGCCCUAGACGAGUGCCACGAGAACUCCCCAUGAAAGAUGACCCGAUGCCCCCGCAAAGACACUAUCAAUCUGUCAAAAGUCUAGCAUUGGGCCCCGUGGCAACAACCCCUCGCUGGGAGUUGCACAAAUUCGAUUUUAUGGUUCCAGAUGGUGUCUUUGACAGGCUCUGCACAGAUCGUUUCCCGAUCGGCCAGCAGAUUCCUGUUUCGCAAUACUUCAACGGCUCUCUUCGAUAUCGUCUCCGUCUCUGCGCCAUACGUCUGAAGCCAGGCCAGGAAACAGUACCAGAGGCCGCUUGGGCCGUGGCCCCCACGUAUUGGCCCGAUCACAUCUCCGUCGUGGUCAACAAAAAGGUCAUGAAGAUUCGUCGCAAGCAGCACAACGGCCAAGACCAGCCUGUGGAAUUGACAAGACAUCUUUGUAGAGGGAGCAACGCUAUAUCUGUCAGCAUAGCCCCCCAAGCUUGUGCGCGGAAGGCGGCAGACACGACCUACUUUAUGGCUGUCGAAAUCGUCGAAACCCUCAACCACCAGGGCAUCUUCAAUAUGGUGACGCUUAGAGGCGUCAUACCUGUUGACUCAACCAGAAAGCUCAUUCAGAACCGUCUGAAGCCUCCACAGAACGACGGGGAUGAUGAGCUGGCUGUUGUGGGCAGCGACCUCAGUAUUGAUUUAGCCGAUCCAUUCAGCUCUACCAUAUAUGAGAUUCCAGUGCGCGGCGCCGCAUGCACGCAUUUGGAGUGCUUCGAUUUGGGGAAUUGGCUGAACAGCAGGCCGUCUAAGCCCAUGUGCACAUCCCACGGUAACAGCUGCAACCGGCCCUGUGGCGGUGGUGAACUUGGCCCCGAGCCAUCGCUGGUGGACAGAUGGAAGUGCCCUGUUUGCGACGGGGAUGCUCGGCCUUACAGCUUGAUGAUGGAUAGUUUCAUGGCGGAGGUGCGGAAAAAGCUAGAGGCUGACGGGAAGCUCCAUACGAAAACGAUAUUUGUGGCAGCGGAUGGGACGUGGAGGCCAAAAGUGGAAGAGGCCGGAGAUGACGAGGACGACGAUGCAGAGGGUGUUCCUGGAAGGCCGCCAGCAAAGCGCGCGAGGACUGGGCCGUCGCCCGCUGAGGCACCGGCGAUUGAGAUCAUUGAGCUGGAUUGA